AUGUCCGCGGACGGCGUCAGGAUACCAUCGGAUGACGUCACGAUGUCAUUGGAUGACGUCAUGGCUCUCCUGUUCGCCCAGGACCCCCUGCUUGCCCGCGCUGCUGCCGUCACUCUCAGCGCCGCCCUCCUCUCGCCCGCCCUCUCUGUACGACAGCACGCAGCAGCAGCAGCAGUGGUAACCCGUUGCUGGCAGGCCACAGUUGCUGCUAUCGUUGCUGCCGCCUCUACUCCUGCGCUCGCUGCCUCUGCCGCUGUCCCUUCCGCUGCCCCUUCCGCUGCCCCUGCCACUUCCUCUGCCGCUGCCCCUGCCGCUGCCAAUGCCUCCGCCGCCGCUGCCAAUGCCGCCAGUAGUGCUGCUGACGGUGCCUCCCUCACCCUACGCUGCUCCCCCUCCCCUGCUCUGCGCUUCUUGCUACUCCGUGCCUCUCCUGCUGCCCGUUCUUCCACCGUCCCCCCGCGUGUUCUUGCCAAGGCAAUUCCAAGCUGCCCUACUGCCUGCCCGUCUGGCGUGCCUCCACCUGUCCCUGUCUCUCUUCCACUCGCUGCUCAAACGCCGGCCACACUCCUCACCACACUCCUCACCACACUCCUCACCACACUCCUCGCCACACUCCUCACCACACUCCUCACCACACUCCUCACCACACUCCUCGCCACACUCCUCACCACACUCCUCACCACACUCCUCACCACACUCCUCACCACACUCCUCGCCACACUCCUCACCACACUCCUCACCACACUCCUCACCACACUCCUCGCCACACUCCUCACCACACUCCUCACCACACUCCUCACCACACUCCUCACCACACUCCUCGCCACACUCCUCACCACACUCCUCGCCACACUCCUCACCACACUCCUCACCACACUCCUCGCCACACUCCUCACCACACUCCUCACCACACUCCUCACCACACUCCUCGCCACACUCCUCACCACACUCCUCACCACACUCCUCACCACACUCCUCACCACACUCCUCGCCACACUCCUCACCACACUCCUCGCCACACUCCUCACCACACUCCUCACCACACUCCUCACCACACUCCUCACCACACUCCUCACCACACUCCUCACCACACUCCUCACCACACUCCCCACCACACUCCUCACCACACUCCUCACCACACUCCUCACCACACUCCCCACUCCGCCCCUCCACUGCGCGCCUCUCCUCCCUUGCCCUCUCGGCCGCCCUCGCUCUCCUGCACGCCACGCCAUGGCCUUCCCUCUCACGCCUCUUACCCUCUGCUUCCUUCAGGGCCCGCUCCUUGCUGCUGCUGCAGGGGCAGCAGGGGCAGCAGUCAUUGCAGCAGCAGGAGGGUCAUUUUGGGAAACAGCCAAGCUCGGUAACAGCAGCAGGGACAGCAGCAGGGGCAGCAACAGCAGCAGCAGCAGCAGCAGCAGAGCUGGCGGUGGGAUGGUUGACUCGCCUGCUGUCCGCCUGCAGGGUGACGAUGCUAGCAGUGAAAGGGACAGUGAGAGCAGCAGCAAGGAGAGGGGAACAGAUUCUUCUGGGCGUGUGCUGGUGGGAGUGCAUGUCAAGACGACUGAAGAGGAGUGUGCAUCAGUGGAAGGCGUGCUGCCAGUGGUGCAGAAGUGGGUCUCUCACUGCGUCCUCCCCAUGCUCGCCCGCUCCUUUCAGAAGCUGUUGCUCCGGUGCGCACCUCUCCUACCCUCUCACCCUCCUCUCUCUCACACCAUCAUCACCUACCUCUCCGCCCUCCUCUCCCACACACUAUCUCUCACCACCUCUCCACACACACCCCCCUGCUGGGUCUUCUACUCUACUACACCCGCUUCCGCACGCCUUAUUAGUCUCACACCCACUGUUCCUGCUGCUGCUGCUGCUGCUGCUGCUGCUGCUGCUGCUGCUGCUGCUGCUGCUGCUGCUGCUGCUGCUGCUGCUGCUGCUGCUGCUGCUGCUGCUGCUGCUCCUGUUCCUGCUGCUGCUACUGCUGCUGCUGCUGCUGCUGCUGCUGCUGCUGCUGCUGCUGCUGCUGCUGCUGCUGCUGCUGCUGCUGCUGCUGCUGCUGCUGCUGCUGCUGCUGCUGCUGCUGCUGCUGCUGCUGCUGCUGCUGCUGCUGCUUCUGCUACUGCCUCUGUUGCUGCUGUCCCUGCUCCACCACCUGCCGCCCCUGCUGCUUCUGCAGCUGGUUCAUCCCCCAUGGCUCACUUGCUGCGUCUGGAGCUGCUGCUGCUCCUCCACACCACACACUUUCUCCUCUCCCGUACCCACUGCUCGCUCAUCCACUUAGCAAGCAGGGGUUGGGGGGAUAGAACAGGAGCAGGGGGGGCAGGAGCAGGGAGGGGAGAAGAGGGCGGGGUGGGAGAAGGAGGGAUGGGAGCUGCAGGGGCAGAAACAGCAAGAGUGGGAGCAGCAGGUGUGGGAGGGCUCUGGGCUUGUGAGGACAGGGGAGGAGAGGAUGGUGGUGGUGGUAAAUGCAGUGGUGGUGGUGGUGGUGGUGGUGGUGGUGGUGGUGGUGGUGGUGGUGGUGGUGGUGGUGGUGGUGGUGGUGGUGGUGGUGGUGGUGGUGGUGGUGGUGGUGGUGGUGGUGGUGGUGGUGGUGGUGGUGGUGGUGGUGGUGGUGGUGGUGGUGGUGGUGGCGGCGUUGUUACUGACAAUGGCCGGGACAGUGUCAAUGGAAGCGGAACAGAGGGAGAAUUGGCUGUGGGGAGGGAGGGCAUGGUUUGGCAGUCUUUGGAACUUUUGCAGCGAGGGAUGGCAGCAGGUAGUGCAAUAUCCCUUACCCUUGCUCAUACCCUCCCUGCAGCUGCUUCGCUUGCAGCCCCUCACCUUCAAACAGCAUCAGCAGCAUCUGGCAUGGGGGCGUGCCCAUCGCACCUGUCUCUGCCUCCCAUUGUGGCCCUGCUCUCACACGAGGAUGAUGUGUUGCUGGACGUCUGCCACUGCAUCUUCCUGCCUUCGCCUGCUGCUUCUGUGAGUGUUGCUGUUGUGACUGCUACUGUGGGUGGUGCUCGCUUCUGCUGUGCUGUCAGCACUACCGCAUCAAGGGAAGUGAAAAAACAGUCGGAGAAUGGAAGCAAGAGGAGAGGGAAUGACCAAUUAGGGAGUGAGAGAGAUGAAUGGAGUGAGGGCGAGGGAGAGGGAGACGAAACGAGCGAGAGUGAGGGAGAAGAGCGUCGGAGAGGGAUGGAGGAAGAGGAAGGGGUGAGCGCUGAGGAGGAGUGCAGCAGCGAGGGAAAGGAAGAGGAAGGCAGGGAAGAAGAGGAGGAGUGCAGCAGUGAGGGAGAGGACGGAGAGGGUAUUCAAAGGACAUGCAAACGACAGCUGGUGGGGGUCCUGGAGGGGGGAACGGGAAGGAGAGUGAGGAAGAGGGGGUUGGAGAAGGUGUGGUGUGGUGGAGAAGACGGCGAGGAAUGGUGGCACUUGACUGAUGGUACGAGGAAGGAAAGAAAGGUGGAUGGGGGAGAGGACGAGGAAGAUAGGGAGAAAGAGGAAAAGGACAAAGAGUAUGAGGAAGAUGAGGAAGAGGAGGAAGAAGAGGAGGGAAUCAAAGAUGAUGACAUGAAAUUGGAUGGAACGGAGCACUCUGAUUUUGCUCUAGUCACGGCGUCUUCAGACACAUGCUCCCCAGGAGGACUCUCACAUUCCGCAGUGGUGGGUUCUCUUCGGUGUCUCACUCAGCUGCACACGCGACUCUCUCGCCUGCAGCACCUGGGGCUGUUCCCUUACAAUGUGCGGCCACUGCUGAGCAGGUGA